AUGACGUAGCGCUUGAAUACGUAAACCGUUCGGCGCAAAAAUUCAAACACGGAGCAGGAAAGAACGCUGCGUCUAGCUUUGUUUCUAUUAAACAAAACCCUACUAAUAAACCCGCACCGGGACUGCGAUAUUCUACGCCAAGUGGGGUGUAUCGACUACGAUGAGUGCCGCCUCCACACCUGCAUCCCGGGUGCGUCCAGGAUGGCCAUCCACUUCCCUAAAAGGCAAGGGUCUGUCUCCUGCAGCUUGCAGCACCCCACUGCUGUCAGCCUUUCCGGGCAAUGAUGAUGAGCAGGAGCGGCGCCAGCGCAGAAGGUCAAGAGUCAUCGACCUUCAGUCUGCCACCGAUUCUUCCUUCACUGAAUCUGCAUCUCACAGUGCUGCUGGGACUCCCGCUGCCGUACCCAAGCUGUCAAACGCUCAGAUUUCAGAGCACUAUUCAACCUGCAUAAAACUGUCUACAGAGAAUAAAAUUACCACAAAAAAUGCCUUUGGUCUGCAUUUGAUUGAUUACAUGGCUGAUAUUUUAAAGCAGAAGGACUCUGAACUGACUAACUUUAAGGUGGCAGCUGGGACUUUAGAUGCCAGUACAAAGAUCUAUGCUGUGAGGGUGGAUGCUGUUCAUGCUGAUGCUUACAGAGUGCUGGGGGGUCUCGGAGGUGAGACCAAACCAGGAGAAGCUCAUGCAGCAGAAGCUGGGAAUGAGGAUGACGAUGGGGAGGAGGUGACCGCAAAGCAGCCAAAGAAGAAAAGGCCUCCUAAGAAGACGGUGGAGCAGAACCUGAACAACAUCAACAGCACUGAAUCUGAGAGGAAGUGUGAGGUGGACCCCAUGUUUCAGCGGAUGGCCUCAUCCUUUGAUGAGACCAGCACAGCGGGUGUCUUCUUGUCUGUUCUCUUCAGCGAGAACAGUCGCUGUGAGCUGCUCUUUCCUUCUCACCUGAUCCUGCUGCAGUCCUCACCAUCGUUCUCUCCUCCAGCUCCACAGAGCAUUCCUGCAUCCCCAUUCAUGGCUGGAUUGCAGCGGUGUCAGGAGAAAAGCUCCAUCUGUCCCUCAUUACAAGACUUCUCCUUCACGAGUUGGAACCCUGAACAGACCAUGAAUCAGCUGCUGGAAAAGAUGAAAGAAGGUGAACACGCGUUUGAUGUGAACGCUGAGCCUGAACCUGAGCUAGAGGAAGAUGAUGGCCCAGAGUUUGAUGCUGAUUAUGAAGAGGGUCCAGCUGACAGUCAGGAAGGAUUUCAGGAAUACAAGGAGGGUUGUGAGGCAGCCGGUUCUGGAAAAGGAAGGGAUGUGAUUCCCAUCGGAGAAGGAGACAUUUCCACCAUGUGCCUACAACUGUCUUCUCAGCCCAGAGAAUACUCGUACUUCAGCCCGAGGACCAUGGCCACGUGGGCGGGGCCUGGGUACUGGCAGUUCAAACCAAAGCACAAAUUGGAUCAUUUGCCUGACAAGGAGACCCGAAAAAGGAAACCCAAAAAGACUUUUGAGAUAGACUUCGGUGAUGACGUCAACUUUGACACCUUCUUUCGCACCACAAGGGCAGCCACCACAAAUGUCAAGUCUGCGCUCAGUGCCUCCAACAAAAAAACAACUUUACCAACAGAUUUCCAGUUUCCACCAGAAACCCUCUCCCAGCUCAGCCUCAAGCCCUCCAGUUCGUUGUGUCAAGAAGGUCAGAAGAGGCUGUCAGGAGAAGUUGGAGAUGGCAUCGGCGAUUAUGACUACAACAACGCCAACGACACGGCCAACUUCUGCCCAGGCCUCCAGGGUGGUGAGAGUGAUGACGACGAUGUUGAGGGGUUUACUGGUUCAGAUGACAUCCAGCCUUCAGGUGGUAGUGAAGCUCCACCCUCACAAGGCCUGGAGGGCGUGUCCACCUACGGGGAGGACGAGCUGGUACCUGAGCCUCACAGAGUCAACAAGAUUGAAAUCAAUUACGCCAAGACAGCAAAGAAGAUGGAUAUGAAGAAGCUGAAGAACAGCAUGUGGACUCUUUUAACAGAAAGCCCAGAGAAAAGAGAGCAGGUGAAGGAGACGACUCAGGAUGUGUGUGGGGAGAAAGUCUUCAGUCAGACUACAAAGACGCUGCUUCAAAGACUGCCGAGCGUUAUGGCUCAGAACCUGUCGGUGCCGCUGGCCUUUGUGGCUCUGCUUCAUCUGGCUAAUGAAAAGAAUUUGGAGCUGGUCAAAGUUGAUGACAUGUCUGACAUCAUCAUCAGACAAGGAGGCCACUGAGGAGAAAUCCAGGAGGAUUUCUGUUUUUUCUGUCCUCUGUUUGAAUUUAAUCUUUUUCUAUUUAAAUUUCAGAUUUUAUACAUGUUUUUUAGCACAUUGUGCACCAGUAUUAAAUCUGCUUUUCUCCCCCUCAUAAUGGCGAGACAACCUUUUUAAACUUUUUACUAUUUCAUGGUUUAAUAUUGUGUAGAUAAAAUAACUUUUCAACCAGUGCUCAAAAAAUAUCUACGGUAUUGUCAAAAUAAAUGAAAUGCUUUUUUUCAUAAAUGUGGUGCUUUUGUUGAGUUCGUUUCUUAAAUUUGGGCAAAAUGUGUGAAAUCCCAGCAUAUUUUUUAGCCUGUUUAUAGUAUGAAGUUGCAGCUUUGCUGUCUCCUGCCCUGAGAGGUUAAACCGGUUUGUCUGGGUCCAUGCUGUCAUCUGGGUGAGACCGUAGCCUGCAUGUGAAACCAGAUGACGUUCUUUCAUUAAGGAGAUACAGAACAAGGAGGAGCUGAGGAAAAGUCACAUUCCAGUCCUCUGUCUGGACCAGUCAAGUUUUAAUCUUAAUCGUAUACAGAAACUUUGAUAUUAACUGUGUUUUUACUUUACAUUUUCAAAGUAAACCCUUCUAAUGUAAUGGUAGAAAUGUGCUUUGGUUCAGUUUUUUCUAAUAUUAUACCUAAACUGUGCAAUGUGUCCCAAAAUGUUUAUUUUUUAAUUAUAGAAUUAAAAACCCUUGGAGUAAAUGAAGUUUGAGAAAGUGGUUCUCCCAUCAUGCAUCUCCUCAGUGUUUCUGUUUAUAACCAAAUCUUUCAAGAAAUCUAAAAAAAA